AUGGCCUCCUCUGCUCAGGACGCUGCCUCCGCCCAGGCGAAGCAAGAACGCAAGCUCGCCAAGAAGGCCCGUAAAGCUGCCCGUGAAGCCAAAGAACCCGAGCUCAAGAAAGCUGCCAAAGUGUCUGAGAAGAGCACUGCUCAAGGCAAAGAGGAGAAGAACAAGAAAGAUCGCGAGCUGAAGAAGCAGCUUCUGGAGCUGGAGAAGAAGCGUCACCAUCAUCUGGCAGAGUCGAAGAAGCUCGAGAUCCAGGUGGAGCAACUGCUUAAGCAAGCCCAUAAUGCCGCCAAAGUGAUUGAGUGGGUGAACAAGGUUCUCGAUGAGGCCUCUGAUGACGGCGUCGGCGAGAAAAUCACCAAAAUUACGCCCGACGAUGACGACGUUAGCGAUGCGCACUCCUCGGGCAAGAAGACUGACGGCGAAAAGAAGAAAAAGAAGAAAGACAAGAAGAAGUCAAAGUCCAAGCCUGAGGAGGCCAGUGCCGUGGAGGGACAGGCGGCCGACGGCAAAAGGAAGCGGCAGGACGACAAUGCCGAGCAGCCAGUCAGCAAGAAGAGCAAGAAGGCGAAGGAGAGCAAAGGAGGAGAGAAGCAGGCUCAAGCAGCAGCUGAAGAGGUGAAGAUCGAAGGCCUUGAAGGCGGCAAGGCCCGUCAAGAUAAGUUCCUGAGACUGCUCGGCGGCAAGAAAGCUGGUGUCAAUGCUGCCAAGCCAGGCAGCAUGGCGUCCAAGAACCCAAGCAACUCGGUCCGCGCCGAGGCCGCUAUCCAGCAGCAGUUCGAGGCUGGCAUGGCGCUGAAGGAGAGCGGCCAGAAGCGCCGCGGCUUGGGUGCUUAG